UGAGAAACGCAGGUUCUUGAAGAGUCGAACACCAACACUCGUUUAUCCAGAGCCUCGAUCUAGUUAAUUUAGCUGUUUCCGUACCUAAAAAAUGGGGAAAACCCCCCAAGGGCUCUGAAAUACGGUGGAAACUGAAACUACAGCGCGAAGAAGAAGAUAGAGGUUGCGUUUGGAUGAGACGCCUGUUCUUCCCCAAGCCUUCCAUGGCCUCCUCCAUCCUUGCCCCAUCCCACUUUUAUUCCCUUUCUAUCCCUUCCGCACGUCUAUGUCCUCCGUUGCACCUAAUUUCUUUCCUUUCUUCUGCUGGUCGCCGCUUUACGACUGCCUCUUCCGCAUCACCUACGCCGUUAUUUGCUCUUGACGAUUCUUCACCUGAUUUCUCUAUGCCUGAGAAAAAGGAAAUCCUGCACACUGAUUCCAAGAUGCUUCUAAAGGGUCUGUCUUACACUGAACUUGAGAAAUGGGUUAAAGCUCGAGGAUACAGACCUGGUCAAGCUUUAAUGCUGUGGAAACGUCUUUAUGGGGAUAACGUUUGGGCUCAUUCCGGCGAUGAAUUAGAAGGUUUGAACAAAGAUUUUAAGAAAAUGUUGAUUGAAAAAGCUGAAUUCAGGGCGCUAUCUUUGAGGGAAAUUCUCCCUUCAUCUGAUGGAACGAGGAAGAUUUUGUUCAAUCUGGAAGAUGGAUUGAUAAUAGAAACUGUUGUUAUACCUUGCGAUAGAGGCAGGACUACUGUUUGCGUUUCAAGUCAAGUGGGCUGUGCUAUGAACUGUCAAUUCUGCUACACUGGCAGGAUGGGCCUGAAGAGACAUCUGACUGCUGCUGAGAUAGUAGAACAGGCAGUUUUUGCAAGGCGUUUGCUUACUUGUGACGUAGGGUUAAUUACUAAUGUUGUGUUUAUGGGAAUGGGAGAGCCGCUUCACAACAUUGACAAUGUCAUUAAAGCAGCAAAUAUAAUGGUUGAUGAACAAGGCCUUCAUUUCAGUCCUCGCAAGGUCACUGUUUCAACCAGUGGACUUGUUCCCCAGCUCAAACGUUUCCUUCAUGAUUGUAACUGCGCUUUAGCCGUUAGUUUGAAUGCAACUACUGAUGAGGUUAGAAAUUGGAUCAUGCCAAUUAACCGGAAGUAUAAGUUAGGCUUGCUUCUUCAGACUUUACGUGAGGAACUUCGCUGCAAACACAAUUACAAGGUUCUUUUUGAAUAUGUGAUGCUUGCUGGGGUUAAUGACAGCAUUGAAGAUGCGAAGAGGAUUGUUGAUCUUGUCCAGGGUAUUCCAUGCAAGAUUAACCUUAUUUCAUUUAAUCCACAUUGUGGAUCUCAAUUUAGACCUACCUGCAAGGAGAAGAUGAUCGAGUUUCGGAAUGUUUUGGCUGCAGCCGGGUUGACUGUUCUCUUGCGACUAAGUAGAGGUGAUGACCAGAUGGCUGCCUGUGGUCAGUUAGGCAAACCUGGUACAAUUCAAGCUCCUUUACUCCGUGUACCGGAUCAAUUCCAGAUGGCAAUGAAAUUGGCUCCCUAGACCCUACUUUGUUCAUUCGACAAGGUGUAGAAACAUUCACCCCCAGAUUGAGAAAGUCAUCCCUCAUCUUAUCCCACAUUUUUUGUCAUUCUUCAGUUUCGCUUUUCAACUUGUACCUUAUUUUUGGGAUAAAUUUUGAAUUUGGUAUUUAUAACCAGUGAUAUGGGCGUGGUGAGUUUGACACUAA